CAGCACUGCCCCCUUCACAUUCCCCCACAUCACUUCUCCCCCUUUGCAUUUUGCAAAAUGCCACGGCAUCCGACGCUUUGCAUUGCACUUGGUGAUGGAAGGCUUGGAUGCAGCUGCUCGGUCAUGGAAACCCAUUCCAUGAAGCUCUCUACACACUGUUGUUGGGCUCAUCUGAAGGCCACACCAAGUUUGGGGGUCUUUUGCUUGGGGGUCUCUGCAGACAGUUGGCGACUUCUGCGCAUUGUGCGCUUCAGCAUGCGCUAACCCCGCCCUGUCAUGUGACGUGGCCUACCACUUGGUGGCUGAGUGGCUGUUGUUCCCAGUUGCUUCCACUUUGUUAUAAUCCCACUAACAGGUGAGCGUGGAAUAUUGUAGUAGCCAGGAAAUGUCACGGAUGGAUUUAUUGCACUUGUGACCACCUAUCACGGGACCACGAUUGGAACCACUGAGCUCCUGAGAGCGACCCAUUCUUUCACCAAUGUUUGUAGAAGCUGUCUGCAU